CGGUUCCCACCUCGCGCGAGCCGGUGGAGCGGAGCGUGAGGAAGGCGGGACACGGGGCGGGACCGCUGCAGGGGCGGGGUCUGCAGGCGGGCGGGCGGGGGGCGGGGACCCCCUAGUCCCCCCCGGACCCCGCCUGCCCGGGCGGCGGCACGGCCAUGAAGCUGAAGCUGAAGAACGUGUUUCUCGCCUACUUCCUGGUGUCGAUCGCCGGCCUCCUCUACGCGCUGGUGCAGCUCGGUCAGCCAUGUGACUGCCUCCCUCCCCUGCGCGCAGCCGCAGAGCAGCUUCGGCAGAAGGAUCUGAGGAUUUCCCAGCUGCAAGCCGAUCUCCGCCGUCCACCCCCUGCCCCUGCCCAGCCCCCUGAACCUGAGGCCCUGCCUACUAUCUAUGUUGUUACCCCCACCUACGCCAGGUAUGGGCUCUGGUGUACCCCAGAGGCCUGCAUGGGCCAGGAGGUUGGGGUUGAUGAUGAGUUUGGGGAGGCACUGGGCCAGGUGAUGUGCCUCAAACUAGGGCACGCCAAAUGACGAGAUAAAUGAACCACACCUCUCUCUCCUCAAAGAUUUGUGGGAAAAGGGUUUUUUUUUUCCUAGUAAAAUAGACGGGUAUACUCUGAAAUAGAAUACACAGUUCCUAACACAUUUUAAGAUAGAACAAUAAAGUUUCAAGGAAAUGUUGAGCUUGCCCAUGAGUUCACUCUCUCUCUCUCAGGGAUCCUUUGGUGAGAAAGUUUGAGGAUCCCUGACUAAAUUGAAAUAGGAAAGGGCUUGGCCUUACAGUCAUACUAGGGUCUAGAAAUAGUUACACCAGCUAUGAUUUACAGUGUGUUUACUCUCUACCAGGCACUGUGCUAAGUCAGGGCUUUCCUUUUUUUUUUUUUUUUUUGUAGUUUUUUUUGGGUACAAACCAACUGGGGAACAUGGUUUUGGAUCUAUAGCUAAAGAGCCUUCCAACACCUCCCUGGAAUCAGGUGGCUGACCCAUGUAGGCACAGGCAGCUCUAGACCCUGUCCCCUUCCACACACACAGCACCACCCCUGGGGCAGACAGACCAAACUGCAGGAGAAAGAAGCCUAGAAGAGACUGGGCCACACCUUCCCAGUUUCUUGUCUAAACUCAGGCAAAUCCUCCCCUGGAGAGGAAUGAGGCAAAGGGCUCCUCUAAAUCUCUCUACCUGGAAACCCAGGAAGAGGACCUGGCCCUCCUGGUAUUUUAGAAAGUCAUUAUAAUUUAAUCUUUAAAGCUUUUUAUUU